AUGUUAGCACUGCUAGUUAACGUCCAACUCCAUUGUACAUGUUCUCGUGUCUAAACAAUUACAUUUGUCCGCAAAAUAGCUCAGUAUGGCUUUCCAAUGUCAGCGGGACUGUUAUAUGAAAGAGUUUGUCACAACGGUAGCUUCGUGUUGCCCUGCGGAGCUCAAGCAGGAAAUCGGUGGAAAGAAAGAAACUUUGAAGGGAUUCACUGUAAAGCUGCAAGACACCAUCUUAUUUCCAGAGGGAGGUGGCCAGCCAGAUGACCGUGGGCUGAUCGCGGACAUCCCCGUUUUGAGGGUGACCAGACAGGGUCAAGACGCCGCUCACUUUGUGGGCUCGCCCCUGGAGGCGGGUCAGGAGGUGCGAGUGAAGGUGGACUGGGGGAGGCGGUUUGACCACAUGCAGCAGCACUCUGGACAACAUUUGAUCUCAGCCUUGGCAGAAACCAUAUUUGGAUACAUGACCACAUCUUGGGAGCUUGGGCGUCAGAGAAGUAACAUUGAAUUGGACACCCCAUCUGUUAAAGCAGCCCAAGUCCAGGCACUGGAGGAUGCUGUGAAUGAGAAGAUCAGAGCUCACAUACCAGUCAAUGUUAAAUUACUUUCUAGUGACAGUCCUGAGGUGGAAAAAGUGAGGAGUCAAGGGUUGCCAGACGACCACACGUGGCCAAUUCGAAUUGUUGAUAUCGAGGGUGUUGACACCAACAUGUGUUGUGGAACGCACGUGUCCAACCUCAGUCACUUACAGGUAAUUAAGCUGCUGGGGACGGAGAAGGGAAAGAAAAACAAAACCAACCUGAUUUUCCUGGUGGGAAACCGGGUGCUGAAAUAUGCAGAGAAAAGCUACAGCACCGAGCGCUCUUUGGUGGCUCUUCUCAAAACUGGACCUGAUGAGCAUGUGGGGGCUGUGGACAAGCUGCAGAAGUCCAUGAAGCUUGUGCAGAAAACCAACUUAAGCCUGCUUCGAGACAUGGCCCUCCUUGUCACGCACAACUUUAAGAAUGACCCACAAAGGGGUAACUUCUUCAGCUUGCACAAAAAAGGAGGAGACAAUGAAUUCAUGAAUAUCAUUGUCAAUGAAAUAAACACUGAGGAAACUUUGGUUUUCCUGACUGUAGGAGAGGAAAAGGGGCCUGGUUUGUUUCUGCUUGCCGGACCAAACGAGCAAGUGACAGAGAUUGGCCCACGGUUGUUAGAGCUGCUUCAAGGGAAGGGAGCAGGAAAAAACGGCCGUUUUCAAGGCAAAGCGAACAGCCUGGCACGGAGAGCUGAAGUGGAAGCUUUACUACGACAACACUGCAAUCAUCAUACCAAACAAGAAGAAUAAAUACAGCCAUGGCUUAAUUCUUAGUUUAUUAUUAACAACAACACAAAAAGGGAAACAAAACAUUUCAGGGGACAAUUAGUUUGCAGCUCAUCUGAUCAAGGUAAUGCCACAAUGUUGGCUGAUGACAUGUUCAAUGUAUACAAUCAAUACGUGAAAUUUCUAAUUUAAAAAAAUGUAAUACAGUCAUGUUAUUUUUUUUCCCAUCCAAAACAUUGUAAUCAGUAUUGUGCUUUUAAGUGAUGUUUAGAACAUUAGGAAUUGAACCCACUGAGCUAUACCAGUGUUUUAAGUAGAAAAGUCAAUCACCAAUCUUGUUGAAUUAAUCACAGAUUCGUGCUUGGCAGAAUGUUAAAAUAGUGCAAACAAGCAAGCAUACCCCCAAAUUCACAAUUUCUCUUAAAAAAAAAGAGACAACACAUGAGUAAAAAGACAACGAGAUUGUUGGCCAUUGCUGUACUGUGAUCCUUUUGGCAUUUCCAGUCCUUUGCGGGUCGACCGCACUUUGUCAGUUGUACGCUUUAUUUUAGUGGCUUCACUAUCUUCAUGGAGAUGUAGUUCUGGAAAAGGCAAAAAAUAGAUAAAUUGUAUCAAUUGACAUCACUUGAAAAUCAAGCACAGAAGCUAUUUAAUCUUGGCUAGAUUUGACCUUUUGCAGUGUUACAUGAUACGAUAUCCCAGCAAGGGGGAUAAUGCUUACCGGUAGAGAGUACAGCAAGAUGGCGAGGAAGAGGAGCACAAUGGUGAGAAUAAUGAGUCCAAUGAAGAGACACCGGAACCUUCGCCAUACAAUGAACUUCAUGGUCUUGCAUGGGUUGGUGAACCAAAAGAAGGAUGUUUCUGGGCGCCUGUUGGUUAUGGAGAUCACGUUUUACUUCAUCAGAAUAACCAAUUUGACAAAAUCAUGUCCACGUUGAAGAAUAUAAAAUAUAUUUGUUGGUGGGCUCCUACUUGGGAGGGUCCAGUUUAGGGUUCAUGUUUGGUUCAUCCCUGCCUUUUCCUGCCGGUUUUUCAUCCACAUCAGCUUCACUCACAAUUUCCAAAGUCAUCUCUACUUUGCCCUAUGGAUGCAUAACAACAGCUCAGAGGCCUGAUGAUGUGAAAUCAUAUGUUAAAAAAAACCCCAAAAAACCAUUUAGAUCAUACAGUAUAUUACACAAUAUUGUGCAUCCUCACCCCUAAGGCCUUGUGCCCAUCUCGCUCAAUAGAACAGGGCCACCAGCCCCUCACUGACUUCUGGGUAAACAGACACUUGGCAGGUUCAGGCUUGUGUUGCACAUCUGUAUCCACAUUGUCCAUCAUGGACAGUGAGCACUUCUCGGGUGUCUUUGCAGGGGGAAUCAAGUUGUGCAAAUAGAGCUCCAGCGUUCCUGGGAUCAAAGCAAAGACACAUUCCCAACCAAGCCACAUUUUAAAUUGGAGAAAGAAAAAAAAAAAAAAAAAUCUCACUGCAGACCAAACAAAAAUCUCAAAUAAAUUCUAUACAGUAUGCUACUUUGUGUGAAAUCUGGGCCUGUUUAAUUGAACACAAAGCCACUCUUAUAUGAAUGGAAAAGUGGAUACACAGGUUAGUUGUGGUUUCUGCCAUCUAGUGGAAGAGCAUUUAAUUUUUCUGCUUAUCACUAUAUGUUCUUGGCAUUGAUGGGAUGAAUAAAGAUAGAUUGUCUGUAGUAAU